GUCAAAUGUCACAUGGCUUGAGGAUAUAAUGUCUCAUCAUCAGCCACCAACCACGAGAUCACAGGGAAGAGCAGAAACAGGGGGACUUCAACAAAGAGGAUUUCUAAAGCACCCGCCCACCCUUCUGCCUCUUUCCAUCUCCCUCUCUGUAUUGGAUGUUCAGCCUUGUGCUCAGUAACUCCUUUGUUCGGCAAAGCAUCCCUCACAUUUCUACAUGCCUUACUGGAGACAGUACUUACUAGCACCUAGUUUGUAUCAAGACAGGGAGUGUUUACUUCCUUAACACCAAGGACUGAGGAGUUGGAAGUGAAAAACAGGAUGGUUUGAUCUGUGACAACAAUGACCUCCAGCAUUCUUGUAGCUACUAAUUCCUCGCAGUGCAUUUCUGGCAUACCUCAUGGUAAGAGGUUCAGUUGAGCCAGCAGUCUGAUUAUUACCUCCACUGUAAAGGGCUUUUACUGUGGCCUGAAACUCGAGAGCUGUGAGUGGUUAUCUGAGCUCCUAGGAUGACACUGCGCAUGCCAGCUGCUCACCUCCGAAGAGCUCCGAGCUGGAGGAAAUCUGGAGAUGAGUCACACUGGGAGAGCUUAAUACCAGAGGGGGAGGCUUUGCCCCGUGUUUCUCGCCCCCCACGCGCACCUCGGCCCCAGAGUGCCAUUGAAGGACGCCAGCUGGAUGACUGGCUGGAGCACCUGCAGAGGAUAGAGAGCGAACUUCUCAGAGCCCCAGUUCGUGAUCAAGUUCCAGCUUUCAGUGAUCGGACAUCAUCCAUGCCUGCUCUCGACAAAGAGGCAAGCAUACGUGCCUGGAGACAGCCAGGGAUUCCCUCCUUCAGCAGGGGCUCAUCUUCAUGUGGGAGUCCCAGCCUGUGUGAGAGUUCUCUGGGCAGCCAGGAGUCCCUCCAAACUGGGUUUUGUUCUCCUCCAGAGCACAGAGGAAGCUGGGAGAGAGCUCAAAUGAUGCAGGCCCCAAGGAAGGAGCAGGCUCACCUCAGUAGUCUUGCGCCAGUCAAAAUUGGGUGGCUGCCAAUCCAAAGAAGAGUAAUGAUGGUUGCUGAUGCUUGCAACCAAAACCAGUUGUUGGACCACUCUGCUGGACAGUUGAAAUUGAAACAAGCCAUCACACCAACAUUUCAGAAGAAUCGAGCAACAGCCAACAGGCACCACGAUGAAGAGGUGGAGAGGAGUCACACUAGUCCAAGUGCUUUGGGUGUGAAGACGUGGCCAACUCCUGAUCAAGACUCUCCCAAUAUUAAACAGGUGCCAGAAAAACGAAGCUUUCCUGUUGACGAAGGGGACAGACCUGUAGGCUGGCAAGCUCUGAGGAGAGGCUGGACUACCAACAGGGUGUCGGCUUUGACUGGAGGCAGUCAGUCCGGCGAGCUCUCCACAGGGACCAGCUCAGACACCAACAGGAAGUUCCCUCUGAUGAAAACAACCAGCAUAGACCCCCUCAAGCAUACUCCUCUGCAUCGAAACACUUUUGCAGAUCCAUGCAAACCACACGCUCUGCUGCAAGGGACAAGCAGCACCGAUACAAACAAGUCAUACGCGCCUCUGUAUAGGACAGGCAGUGUUCAGCCUAUAAGGGCAACAGCACCGCUGUGUCAAACAAGCAGUAGCUCACAGCCUUUACAGACAAACUCCACUGUGACGACACUCAUCCCUCAGAACAAAGCCGCCUUCUCCUCCAUCACCAUCUCCUCCAGGAAAGUGAGCAGAUCGGCCAGUUUGCCUGGCUGCAACCAUCCCAGUCAAUCCCCUUCUCCGCCACUAGCCCACCAAUUCAUGGACCCAAACUCCAGGCAUGUCACAGUGCAGAGGAAGGCCACUAUAGUCAAAGUGACAGAGCAAAGGAUGAUGUCCAGCCCCGUCCAGAGCACAAAUAGAACGGGGACUCCACCGACUAGCCACGCUUUAGACACAGUGGUGCACAGAAGAAAGGCUACCAUCAUCAAAGUGACAGAGCACAGAGAGAGCUACAGUCCGGCCAAGACAGGGGCUGGGACGAGACACCCCGAGUACAGACACAGCUACACAGAGGGAGUGUACAAAGAAAACAGCACGUGGAGUCAGGGGAACCACUCACAACACAAUGCAGCACCUUCAUAUCUACAUGUGGAUUCCACAAACUGCGCUGUAGCACCAAAUACAUCCACCUUAGAUGCAGAGAACAGUGAAACACUACACAGAUCCACGCUGAGACUUUUUGUGAGCAACCCCCCCGCUAUAGCAGCUCCCUCAGAGGUUUCCCCGAGGGCUGUUGGACAGAGAUCGAACAGGCCGAGCAGGCCACUGAGCUGCUACGGCAAUAUGUUUGAACACACUGAGCCAAGCAAGGAGAUUGUGACACAAUCACCUGCCAGGAAAUGGAACUUUGGGCUUCAGCAAGAGACCAAUAUCAACCCUGUGAACUCUGACAGCACGAACAGCCGCCGAACAGCGGCGAAAGAAGCAAGUCAGCUCGUGGCAGACACACCAAAUGGAGGCCAGAAAGAAACAUGGCCCCCAGAGAAUAGAGAGAGGAGAGCGUCCCCCAGUCUAACUCUCAUCAAGGACCCGGAUCCCCACUUACAUCAGUCUCAAGAGGAAGUGCUUGCCCUCAAUGCAGCUGCCAUCAUAGCAAACAUCAAACUUCAAAGACAACUUAGUAAGAAGAAAACACCAAGUGGUCAAUGUGAGAAGGAGGCCGCUGCAUCACCCCAGGGAAAUACAGAUGAGGGGAAAUGUAUGAAGCCUCAUCCAGAUCAGGGAACAAUCCAGCGCCACAACCAGAGUCCUGACCCUGAAAGGUCACCUCAAACUAUUUCUCUCCAGAACGCGCUGCAGAAGUCUAGACCAGACUUCAUCAGUCGGUCCCAGCGCAGACUGCGAGAGCUGGAACGAAGGGCGCAGGAGAGGAGGGAUCUGGCGCCUUCGGUAGAACCACGGUCGGAUUCUGCUGUCAGGCAGACGAGAGCCCACAGUGCCCGGUGCACCUCUCGGAACGAUAACCUUUUCAAACCCAGAGAUAGAGCCAUUACUGGGAGAGAGAUGCAGCUGAGAUCUAAGCGAACGCAUGCCGACGUAAAGAGAAAAAAAGAGGAAGAGAAGAAGAGGGAGGUGUGUUUGAGCAACAGACAGCGAGUUGAACUUUUCAAAAAGAAACUAUUGGAUCAGAUUCUUCAAAGGAGCAGCAGCUGAACGUCGAUGAAGAUGAUGACAUGACCGUAGCGUUGCAUAGCAGACUGAUGAAGUGAACUUUGCCCUUUGACAGUGCUGAAUAUGAGUUCAGGUCAUGAUAUACCUUGAGCUGUCCUUUUAGCCCUCAUUUGUUUCUCUCAUAUAUCACCAUUACUUAUUAUUCAAGUUACAGAGCUUAACAUCUGCUUUUUCUAAAAGAUAAAUCCAUGGCACUCUUUCAAAAGCCCAGAAGGUCAUUUAACAUCGCUUACUGUACCGCUGUUUUAAAGGCUUUUCCAGAAACCUUCAAAGACUCUUCUUCCCAUCUGGAUAAAAAAAGAAAAUAUUCUGAUGCACAAUAAUAAAAAAAGAUAUACUUUUAAACGGUUUCCCUUAUUGCAACACUGUAUUUCCUCAUCCAACAAAAAUACCUGCAACCUUUUUUUUGUUAAUGUGUUCUACAAAUUCAGUAAGGAGAUAAUUAUGUAUAUUAAAAUACAGAUACAGAAACGGAUGAGCAGUUUAGGACAGGGUACAUUUAUAUUCAGCAUGUAUUUGAUGCACUAGGACAGAAGAGUGCUUAAGGAUUCUGGAAAUACCUUGAAAACAGCGCUAAGUGUUGUUAAAUGACCUUCUGCGUGUUUUGAAAGGUUGCCAUAGAUCUGUCUAUUGAGAAAAACAGAUGCCUUUUCUCUACGCCUCAGCUGUUCUAGCUGCCCUUGUGGUGUGCGAUUACAAAUAAAGAUGGCCAAAACGAACGUAUGAAAUCAUGUCUCGACAUUCUGCUUUUGGUUAAAUAUCACAUUGAGCCACAGACUUGAUCCCCUUUUUGAUGUAACGUACAAACCAGUAAUGUCUGCUGUUUAUCGGCGUUAUCUUGUUUUCACUUGAUUGCAAAGUGCCUUUCUUUCCAGCAUACUUCAUGUAAUGGGAUGCAGAGUAAGCUUGAUAAAGCACUGAUGUCCUCACACAGCCGCUUUUCACAUGAUCCCAUGUGAUGUGGAGCAGUGAUCAGAAAUAUUCAUUAUGCUUCUUCAACCGUCAUCCUCAUUAUACAACCAACGUGAAGCCCGAAGUGGGCUUUGCCAUCAGUUCAGUGCCAGCUAUUAACUGUAAGAAGAAGGAAUGUGACCUCUUCUCACUGGAAAUGCCCCGUUAAUGGACACAGCCUUGGUUUGAAUGGAGCUUUUGUCCCCGUCUUUGUCUCAUGACGGACCGGGACGUGCCAUGGUGCAGAUUUAAUAUUUGUGUGAUCCAAAGUGAUAGUGCUCUCAAAGUGAUGGAGCUAGGCAUAAAUCAAAAGUGAGAUGUGUGAAUAUUAAUUUUUUUGAAAUAGCAGACAACAGAGCACAAACUCUUCAUUAUUCUUAAUUGUUUUUUUACUCAUUAGCCUUCAAGUCAGAGUUCCUUCAUAGUCCAGCUGUUUCAUCCAUCUAAAUUUGCACUCGUGUCUUGGAGGAGACAGAUGAUCACUACUGACUGUUUGUGAACCUUAUUUCAUGUCAGUGCACAUGCACGUGUGGGUGUAUUUGGACAAUAGGAGAUCAUUAAUAACAACACUCAUGGUUUAUAAUUGCUUCUGUCUUUCUAAAAUGAGUAAUUUUAGACUACAAAGUAGAAUAAGACAGCUAUGAACCAUGUCUGCUGCUUGAAGAAGCUUAUUAACUGAGUGUUGUUUUCUCUAUUCAAUGUCCUUAUUCUAUGUUUCAAUUGAAUUAUAUGUAUUUUAUAUUUGAGUCGCGUUUAAUUUUCUUCCAAACGUGACUAUAAAAUGUUUGUCUUUAA